AUGUCCAUCACCGAACCACUUACCAACACUUUAAAUCCCACCACCUCAUCAACACUGACCAUUCGAAUUGUAAAGAACUUUGAGUAUCGUACAGUCAAGAACUUGGUCUUGCAACAUGUAAAUUUGGAGACCACCACGGUUGGAGAGUUGAAAAAUAUCAUCAGAGAAAAGAACGAGUCCGAAAUCUCAUUUUUCAAUAGGGAGGCUUACGAAGCUUAUAAAUUACAUCCUGAUGUGAUUAAAUGGGAUUGA